AAAAACCAAACCAAAUACCAAACUCUCUCUCUCUCUCUCUCUCUCUCAUCUCGCUCUCUUUAUCUGUGACCAACAACAACACAAAACGCGAAAGCUUCGAAUUUCAAAUUGAAAAAGCUGAGUGGUCGCGACCUUUCUCCCUCUGCGUUUGCCACUUUCUUCUAAUUCGUUCAAACUGUUGAUUCGUACAUAAACAUACUCGCAAUUCUCACUCUACGACGUCGUGUUGAUCAUCAACUCGGCGUGACAGAUGGUGGGGGGUAUAGCCAUGGAUUUCCCGGCAGACGAAACGGCGUCGUUCUCCUCGCCUCCAAGACUUCCCAGGAGGCUCAGACGGCGGCUGACCCUCAUCGACUGUAAGAAGACUCCUAACACCGCCGAACAAAUCGAAACCAAGCUCCGGCUCGCCGAUCUUCGCCGACAGGAAUACUAUGAAAAGUUGUCAAGCAAGGCAAGAGCAAAGCCAAGAAGUCCCUCUCGAUGUUCAUCUCAAGAGGAAGACCUUGGUCAGCGCCUAGAAGCCAAGCUCCAAGCUGCUGAAAAGAAAAGGUUGAGCAUUCUGGAAAGCGCUCAAAUGCGCUUAGCUAAGUUGGAUGAGUUGCGGCAAGCAGCUAAAAGUGGGGUGGAAAUGCGUUUUGAGAAGGAACGUCAAAAGCUUGGCUCCAAAGUGGAAUCACGUUUUCAACAGGCAGAGGCAAAUAGAAUGCUUAUGCUCAAGGCUUAUAGACAAAGAAGGGCCACACUGAAGGAGAGGUCAUCUCAGUCAUUAUUGCGAAAGACAGCAAGGGAGAAGAAGUAUAAAGAGCGUGUAUGUGCUGCAAUUAACCAAAAACGUGCAGCGGCUGAAAAAAAGCGAUUGGGACUUCUGGAAGCAGAGAAGAAGAGGGCCUGUGCAAGGAUGUUGCAAGUGCAAAGUGUGGCUAAGUCUGUUUCUCACCAGCGUGAGAUUGAAAGUAGGGCAAAGAGAGAUCAGUUAGAAGACCGGUUGCAAAGGGCAAAGAGACAAAGAGCAGAAUAUCUAAGGCAAAGAGGAAAGCUACAGAGUUCUUUUCAAUUGAGUUGGAAUAGGAUGCACAAGCAGGCUGAUCUCCUUUCCAGAAAGUUAGCUAGGUGUUGGAGACGUUUCCUUAGGCUGAGGAGAACUACUUUUGCUUUGGCAAAAGAUUAUGAUGCUUUGAAAAUUAAUGUAAAGAGUGUCAAGUCAAUGCCAUUUGAGCAGCUUGCAAUUCUGAUUGAAUCAAUUGAUACCCUUCAGACGGUGAAGGGUCUACUUGACCGACUGGAGAGCCGGUUAAAAGUUUCCAGGGCUGUUGCCUCUAUAAAUUAUCCAUCCAGUUUUGAUAACAUAGAUCACCUUCUCAAACGAGUUGCUUCCCCAAAGAGGAGGACUACACCACGGACAUCUUUAAGAAGUAGAGAAGCGAAGAAAGUAGGUUCCAUCAGGGACAAAGCUAGAACUUCUGUUAAAUUAUCAAGGUAUCCGGUGAGAGUGGUUCUUUGUGCUUACAUGAUUCUGGGUCAUCCAGAUGCGGUUUUCAGUGGUAGAGGAGAGAGUGAAAUUUCUCUGGCCAAAUCUGCAGAAGAUUUUGUUAGAGAGUUUGAGUUGUUACUGAAGGUUAUAUUGGAGGGUCCAAUGCACAGUUCUGAUGAUGAGGCUGACUCCGCAUUGCCCAAACAUUUGACCUUCAGAUCUCAGCUUGGAGCUUUUGAUAAAGCAUGGUGCUCCUACUUGAAUUCCUUUGUGGUGUGGAAGGUUAAGGAUGCUCAGUUGUUGGUGGAGGAUUUGGUGAGAGCAGCGUGCCAUUUAGAACUCUCUAUGAUUCAAACUUGCAAGAUGACCCCGGAAGGAGAGACUGGUGAUCUUACUCAUGAUAUGAAGGCUAUUCAGAAACAGGUUACAGAAGACCAAAAGCUACUGAGGGAAAAAGUGCACCACCUAAGUGGCGAUGCUGGGCUUGAGCGCAUGAAUUCUGCUUUAUCUGAAACAAGGGUAAAUUACUUUCAAGCAAAGGAAACUGGAAGCCCAUCGGUGUUGCAGACCACACACAUUAUUUCUCCGAGCUCACCUAGUCAAAAACUUGGUCUUUCUGCUGCUAGCUCAGAUAAGAAGCCAAGUCGUGUAGUUCGUUCCUUAUUUAGGGAAGCUGAUACCACUCAUCAUGAGGGAGCUAUGUCCUCUGUUCCAAAACCCAAUUUGGGUCUGCAGCUUGGAUCUUCUUCCCAAAAUUUGGUCACAGAGAAUGAAUUGAUCGUGAAUGAGUUUCUCCAUGAGCAGAAGCAGGCUUUUGCUGAUAUCUUCAAUGUUACUGGCAAAGAUAAAAACAAUGUCCAGUCAAAAAUAAGACAGACAAUGGAGAAGGCUUUUUGGGAUGGCAUAAUUGAAUCUGUAAAACAGGAGGAGCCCAACUAUGACAGGAUUAUUCAACUCAUGAGGGAGGUGAGGGAUGAAAUCUGCGAGAUGGCUCCACAGAGCUGGAAACAAGAGAUUAUUGAAGCUAUUGAUGUGGAUAUUCUGUCAGAGGUGCUAAAAUCUGGUAACCUGGACAUUGAUUACCUGGGAAGGAUCCUAGAGUUUUCAUUGGUCACUUUGCGAAGGCUCUCUGCUCCAGCAAAUGAUGAUGAAAUGAUGGCCAUACACCAGAGUUUAAGGAAAGAGCUGGAUGAGAUAUGUCAAACCAAGGAUGAGUCCAACUUCUCAAGUGUGACAGCAAUGAUCAAGGGUCUGCGUUUUAUCCUAGAGCAGAUUCAGGUGCUUAAACAGGAGAUUAGCAAAGCACGUAUAAGAAUUAUGGAACCUUUGUUAAAGGGGCCUACUGGUGUGCAAUACCUUAGAAAUGCUUUUGCCAAUCACCAUGGGUCUCCCUCUGAUGCCAAUAAUUCUCUACCACUGACGGUGCAGUGGCUUUCAUCUGUGUGGAAUUGCAAAGAUCAGGAGUGGCAAGAACAUACAAUCUCGUGCUCAACUUUGAUGAGCAGUGGUGGCCCAUCUCAGGGGUUUGUUCCUUCCACCGCCCUGAGAAGUGGUGGAAGCUUUCUGGUGAAACCAAAUCAGGAUUCUAUUUCUACAUCUGCUACAGAUAUCACAGGUAAUCAACAACCAGAAUGUAAGGGAGAGAGAGUUGAUUUGUUGGUGAGGCUUGGUUUAUUGAAGUUAGUGAGCGGUGUGUCUGGUCUGACAGAAGAGGCUUUGCCUGAGACUUUCAAGCUUAACCUGUCUAGGCUGAGGGCUGUUCAGGCUCAAAUUCAGAAAAUUAUUGUUACUUCUGUAAGCAUCCUUAUUUGCCGGCAAACCCUGUUAAGUGAGAGGGUUAUAACCAGCCCUUCAGACAUGGAGAGCAUAGUAUCAAAGUGCAUUGAGCGACUUUUGGGGGUCUUGGACAGUGUUGAAAAUGCAGGUAUGGAAGAAAUUGUUGAAUCAAUUAGUGAUUUUGCGAAUGACAGCAAAGAAGUUGUGGACACUGAGAAGCUUCGGUCAAGGAAGGCAGUUAUUGGCAGGAUGCUAGCAAAGAGCUUGCAAGCAGGAGAUCCUGUGUUUGAAAGGGUUUCCCGUGCUGUUUAUAUGGCUGCAAGAGGAGUGGUUCUUGGGGGUAGUGGACCAGUUGGAAGAAAAUUAGCAGAAACAGCACUCCGGCAAGUUGGAGCUGCUGCACUGACUGACAGCGUAGUGGAAGCUGCUGAAGUUUUAGUGGUGGCAGCCACUAUAUCAGUUGGUGUUCAUGGUCCCUGGUAUAUACAUCUGACCGAUAACAUGUGAUGAAGUGGGUUUGAUAAAAAUCACUUGGUCGUACAGAAGAAAUAAAAUACACAUGUAUAUAGUAGUGUCUGUUGUGUGGAAAGGCAGUGUUAAAAGCUAGUUGUAGAUGUAAGUAGAUGUGCAGAUGUAAGGUAUGGAUAUUGAUUCUUUCAUGUAAUAAAACAAGAUGUAAAUAUGUUCUAGACUGAAUUUAAGGUGCUCUGUUUAUUCUGGUUCA